AUGGAUAAUUAUAAUUUGACUGAAGAAAAAAAUCUUCUAAUUUAUGAUAAAACAAGUAAAGUAGGAUGUAUAUAUUUUUUAGGAAUUAGUAGUAAUCUUUAUAGAGGAAAAAUAAUUCUUAAAAAAAAAACCAUAAGUGACAGAUUAGUUAGAUAUACGAAUUUAAAUGAUAAUUUGGUUUUAAUAAAAAAUGGAAAUUUUAAUUUUAAACAAACAGCUAUACUAAUUAAAGGAAUAACAAUUUUUUUGCAUAGACAGCUAGAAGUAUUAUUAACUGAUUUCUAUGCUAUGUAUAAAAAAUGUUUAUUUAAUAAUCAUAAUAUAAAUAAUGAUUUAAAUAAAAUGAUGAAAAAAAUUAAAACAAAUAAAGGUUUUAAAAUAAAAAAAAAAAUAUUAUCUCUACAGGAUGUAAAUAGAAAUAACACUGAAUUACUUAUGAACACUUCUAAUUAUUUAAAUAAAAAUAAAAACAUAGCAAAUGUAAAUGAUUUAAUGUUAAAAGAAAGUAAUGAAAUAUAUAUAAAUGAUUAUAACUUUGAAAACGAUGGAAUUCAUAAUGAAGAAAAUAUAAUUUAUCAAGAUAUUUUAGCAAACGAAUCUUCAUUUGAAUACUCUAAAAUUAAUAACUUUUAUACUGUGAAUGACGGAAUAAAUAAUUUGAAUACAAAAGAAAGUAUUGAUGAAAUAAAAAUGCAAAGUAACAUGAAGAAUACAUUUAAUUUCAAUUUAUUUGAAGAUACAAAAAACGGAGAAAAUAAAAAUUUAGAAAAAAACAAUUAUUCGACUAACAGUUUAAUUACAAACAUAAAUAUAGAUAAGAAAGGUUUUUUUUAUAAUAACAUAAAUAGUGCUAUUACAAGAAAUGAUGGUAAUAUAAAUAAUAAAAUAGAUAACAAUUCUAAAAAAGUAAAUGAUAAAAAAAAUAACAAAAAAAGAUUUUUCGUUGAUGUAGAUGAAGAAAUUAUUUUAAAAGAUAAUACAUGGAAUGAAUUAAAAAUAAAUAAAAAAAAAAAAAAAUCAGAGGAGUAUUUCAAUGAAAAUUUGGAAAACAUUAAUUAUUUCUUUAAUAUUAUAAAUAAUAAUAAAAAAAAUAUUUUGAAUAAUUUGUCAUUUUUAAAUUUUUACGAAUUAACAAAAAAUUGUACUACGUUAGAUUCUAGAAAAGAAUUAUACAACGUAUUUGAAAAUUUAAUUGAAAAUGAAAAAGGUAAUAAAUUACCAAAUAAUUUAAAGUUAAUUUAUACAAAAUCAACCAUAUCUCCUAUAAAAGGAAGAAGUAAUAAUAAUUUAAACUUUGAAGAGUUAAGAGAAAGAUUUAAUGAUGAUUAUUUCAUGAAUGUUAAUAUAGAAAAUAAUCGAGAGAAAGAUAAAAUUUCAAAAAAUUCAGUCGGUUCUUUUAUUAAUAUAACAGAUAAUAUUGAUUAUAAUUUUGAUAAGAUGAGCGAUUCUUACAACAUAAAUUCGGAUCAAAAUAAAAUAAAAGAGCAAAACAUUUAUGUAAAUAAUAAAAAUAAAAGAGAUAAUAAUGCACCUUUGCAAAAUAAUAAUUCUAACUACACGUUAAGCGAAAAUUUUAAAGACACUAUUAGCGUUCCAUCAAGUAAAUUAGUUAACAGAAGAUCCUUUACUUCAGUACAGCAUAAAUAUGAUGAAGAAUUAUUAAAAUUAAAAAAUUAUAUAUGUAAAUUAAGUAACAAAUUUCAUAAUAAUAUGGAUUUUGAGAAUAUAUUUCCUAUAAAUAAAACGACAGAUAAAAAUGCUUCGUUAAUAUUUUAUAACUUACUUGUUCUAGCAUCAAAUGAUGAAAUAGAAUUAAUUCAAAACUUUCCUAAUGAUAGAAUUAUUAUAAAAGUAUUCUAA